AACGUCACUUCCACCGCAACGGGGGAAAACAUGGCGGCUGCCAGUCCGUCAGCUUCGGCACCAGCACAGCCCAGAGAUUUAGUCGUUAAGACCGAGCCAGAGGCCGAUGAUGAUCUGCACAUUUGCCCGGAGGAGGUGCCGGUUAAGCGGGACCCCGUCGUCCCGCUCAUGGCCCCGGUCAGCGGGCUGCAGCCGCUCGCCUGGUCUCAUGACCACCGCCUGGCUGUGUGCACCACCAGCUCCGUGUCGCUGAUGGAGCUGGUGUGCGACGUCCACAGCAGCAAGCAGGAGCUGACGCUGCACCGGACCUCGAUCCCCGUCCCGACCGAGGCGAUGAAACUGCGGGUGGGACCUGCGGCGGAGCUAGCUCAAGCAGUGGAGAAGUUCUCGGCGCACCAGGACCCCACAGUACGACAAGUUUUUCUGGCCGACAAAGUGAUGAACCCGUCGAUAGGAGCGCACAAGGGAAUAAAAUAUGCCAGUUGGUCUCCGUUAGGUUGUGACUCGAGCGGGCGCUGUCUGCUCGCUUGCCUAACACUCGACCACAGACUCACCAUCCACAACAGCCACAAGCGUCUGGAGUGGAACACGCUCGUCGACCUCACCAAAACGUACAGCGACCGGCUAAAGGAGCGAGGCUACUCCAAAAAGGACAACAAGCCCCCGCAGGCAAAUCUGCUGGACUUCGACGAGCUGCAGCGGCGCUUCCGCAUGCAGACUCCUCUGAGGAUGGAGUGGUCGAGCGUUUACACGACCAAACAGGUCCAGCCGAACAACACGUGCAAAGACAUGGAGAUGGUCCUCCUCGCCGUCUUAAUGGAAAACGGUGACCUCGUUCUGUGGAAGUUUGUGUUGCCCUUUUUGGACGAUGCCGAGGUCGUGUUUUAUGACAUCGUCGAGUCGGACGUGACUAGACCGAGUGACCUGGCGUGGUGGGAGUACGAAAGCACAGACCGGCGGAUGAGCGGCCUGAUCGUCGGCAGCGAGGUGGGGCCCGUCAAGAUCGUGCCGGUCAGCCUGUCGGGGGUGAAGGGCUACUUCACCCUCCGCCACCCGGUCAUCCUCUGGAAGGAGUGUGAUGAGAUCGCCGUGGAAAACCUCAAAUGUGUCCCGAUGAUCCACCCGAUCCAGAAAUCCAGCUGCAGCCUCAUCGUGGCCUCGCGCGGCUGCUACGUCUUCUGGUGCCUGCUCAUGAUUUCGCCGGCCGGACUAAAUGUGCACAACUCUCACGUGGCCGGGCUGCACUCGCUCCCGGUGGUCUCCCUGGCGAUCAGUCAGCACGGUGUCGCGGUGUACACGUGUUCCGUGGACGGGUGGAUAAAAAAGCUGACUCCAACGUUCACGGAGAACACGUUGAUUUUCAAACAAGAGGACUUGCUGCGGCCCGAAAACCUCUCUGAGAGGAGGAUACACGGGAUAGCGGUGAGCCGCAACGGAGCGUACAUCGCGCUUGCCAGCACGCAAGGUAUGGUGGACGGCUAUCAUCCAGUCAACAGGACCUACCAGGUUCACUUUGUGACCCUGAAAACAUCGGAGGCGGCCGCGACGCUGCUGCUUAAGUCCCCCACGCAGAACUUGUACAAAUCGGUCGACCUGCUCGAUCUCGUGAGGUGGCAGAUUUUGAAAAGCAAGUGCAUCCCCGCGUCGCUGCUGGACGAGCUCGACCGAAAGAUCCAGGAGGUCGACUCACCCUACUUGUGGCGCUUCAAGCUCUUCCUGGUGCGGAUACUUUACCAGUCCCUGCAGACGCCCCCCACGGAUCACCGCUGGAAACCGACGCACGAGGAGAACAAGGUGUUUGUAAGGGAUGAGGAGGAGGAGGAAGACGGGAAGGACAAAGACGACGCUGCGCAGGGGGAAGGAGAGCCCGGUGGAGUGAAACGGGAGGAGGAGCAGAUGGAGGAGGUGCAGGCUUGGAUCAAUGCUGUGGAGACCCACAUGAUGAGGGAGAACAUGAAGAAGGUGCUGGGGGUGGUGUACCUCAACACCUGGAUUGCUCAGAACACCAGCAUUCCUACCUGUGGCCUGGUGGAGUACCUCUCCAGAGACACUAACGACAGAGCGUCAGAGGUCCUGAUUGGCCACAUCAAGAACAAGAUGAACAAGCAGACGUUCUCGGAGCGCUGCAGCCUGUGUCAGGCCGUGCUGCCCUUCUCGGACCACAAACAAGCCGUCUGUAAAAACGGUCACAUGUGGCUCAGGUGUGUGUUGUCAUACCAGGCCUGCCAGACGCUGACGUUCAGACGUUGCCUCCUGCUGGAUACCAUCGCCAGACUGCCAGAGCCUGAGGACCCGGAGUGGAUAAAGAAGAUCCUGCAGGCGCCCUGCACGCUCUGCGACUCUCCGAUGAUCUAGAGCCGACCGGUGGGAGGAACCUCAGGGCUUCCCUGCGACCUCCAGAGCUUCCCGCUCUGACGCAGGGUCCACUUUUGUCAGACGUCACUGUUAAGACUUUUUUUUUAAAAAAAUUUUAUUCAUGUAUUUUGUUCAUGUUCUAUUUCUUUAUAUUGGUAUCUUUUUAAAAGUUCAAAUAAAAGGCUUUGAUUAUGCGUUCUAGCUGGUAUUUCCUCUCAAGAGGAAGUGUUCCCCCCCGCGUGGCUUUAAAUUCAUAUUUUACUGAGGUAAAGCAUUUUGGACUCAAACUUUACAGAUUUCUUUAUUUCCUCCCUUCUCAAACAAAUUCCCAGCCAGACGCAGUGUUUGCACGAGGGUGCAAAGAAACAAAAUUUAAAAUGUACUCGUAUGUGGAGGUUUCUAUUAUUCAGUAGGACUUCAGGGCACCAUAAAUAAGCUCCCUUAUUUUCCUUAUGUUGACUAUAUUUCCAAACCUUUUGGUGUAGUUUUUAUUGCAAGUAAGUGGAACUUACUCUGCUAGUCCUAUUUUAGUCAGGCGCUCUUUUUCUUUUUUCUUUCUUUCUCCCUUCUCUUUUUGAGCGCAACAAAUAACACACUCUGAAUAAUACAUACUCUGGAAAAAGCUCAACAUACCUACUUUAAUUGGCACUGUAAAACAAUUUCCAAGCUGUGGGUGGAGGUGGGUGGUGGUGGCGCUCAGUCAUUCCCUCAGAUGAGGACUUCCGCUAAUGUAAACGCAGAAGAGAUGGAGAGGCGAGGUGGAUGAGAUGAGCAAGAGGCAGGAAGAAAGUGGAAAGUGUGCUUAAAAAGCCGGCGCGGUCCCUCCCGCGGGAGUGCGUCGUAAUGAGAUUCAGCAGUAAUGAGGGACAGAACAUGGCGCCAGAUGUGAUUCUAAUUCUAAUCAAGGAGGGGAGGGUGGCAGUGAUGGGGAGGGAGGGGGGGAGUUAGAGAGCAUAUUGUUAAAUACAAUUAACCCUUUUUUCAUAUUUGGAGGGAACAAGGGCUGAAGGGAGGGGCUACAGGCUCGGCAGCAUGUUCUCGGCCCCCUUCUGGAGACUUGAGAGGUCGGCGGCCGGCGAUCAAAGACCUGAGACCUGAGAGACCGGGCCAGCAGCAGAGCCUCCUCGAUCCACCGCCAACUCUCAUCCCUUACAUCAGCAGGGCCCGGCAGAGGUGGGCCGGGGUCUGCCCCCCCUCUGGUGACACUGGAGAUGAUAGCCUGCCCCGGGGCGAGGAGAGAGGAGGCAGCUCGCCUCCAAACACACAGGACUUCAUGAAAGGGGAACUUUUCUUUUAUUUAUUUCUUUUUUUUAAGCCCACAUUUCUUUACCCAGUGGUGUCAUUUAUUGGCCCAGGACUCGGUGAAGGUUCGCUGCUUUUGGGGAAGAAAGGGAUGUCUCCCGCUUUACUAGAAAGUGAAUCAUUUAUCACAUUAUUCUGUGCAGCACUAGUGGAAUGAUUAGUUUUAGCAGCGCAGCGGUGAAAAGCGUCCAUGAAUGCACACGCAGGGGAAAGGGUAAAAACAAUACCAGCAAAAUAUCCCAUUAAGUAAAUUUGCUGCUUGUUUAAGCGUAAUGAUGAUUUACUGACACCACUCACUGUUAUCCCGUUGUUGACUAGCUAACCGUUGGAUGAUCCUAAAUUCUGCUUUUAGUGCAAAGAUUCUCUGGGAUGUGCAAAAAGUUACCGCCCAUAUGGACUUUUUUUUUUUUUUUUUUUUUACAGGACACGCAACAAACGUGUACAAAGCAAUUGAUCACGAAUGUUCGUUCUUAACUUUGGAAACUAGUUUGACAAGAAAAAAAAUAUAUAUUGGUCCAGGUCCACUUACUAGCUUUUUGCAGAGCUUUCAAUCACAUCUCAUGGUCUUCUUCAGCAGGAAGGAGAUGUGUGAAGCAUGCUCAGCUUCUACGCUAAUAAAAAGCUUGUAAGUGGAGUUACAUUUUUAUCAUGUCGAAUUAUAAAACCAUUGUUUUCCGUGCACUCCGCUUGAAAAAGCUUUUGAGAUUUGGCUCUUUUGUUUUUACACGUCGAGCGACACACGUCUGUGGGACUGCUCCCUUUCCCAACCUAAACUAAAAAACGUUGCCAUAACCUGCCAAAAUAAGAAAAGAAACUGGACCAAAUAGGCGUGGCAAUUUUGUUACAUAAAAACAUAUUUCUUUGGUUCAGUUAUUCUCUCUGUCCACGGUAUCUUUUACCAGAAUAAGUCUCAGACGAGCAAACAAAGGAAUAGAAGGUCAAAGGAAAUGGGCCAAUCCCAUUCCUUAUUUUUACCCCUACCACUCAUGUUUGAGUGCUUUUCGACCUGCUCCUCGGAGCAGAGUGACGAGGGUUGGUGGUUGAAAUCCUCCUCUAUGCAAUGGGUUAACCCCUGGGGACCCUGAAACUCCGUAGAGGUUGAUGCCGUUCUACUUCUUGUCAGAAUAGCGGUGCUCUGUCGGAUAGCGACCCGAGUUCCUACCCUGCCAUAGCAGCGGUACCAAGUCGUUAAGUUAAAUUACACAUUACACAUUACAGUCCCUGAAAGCCUCGUACUGAGCUGUUCACCGGCUCUGGCUGGAGGUGGUGUGAUGUGUUUGGUGCCUUCACGGCCUCCAGGUUCCAGGUUUUUUUUCUAAGCCUGGGGAUUGGGUGCUCUGUGUUGUAGUUUGUCAAGUGGAAGUGGCUCCUCAGGUUGUAAUGUUCCUGUCACUGAUAGGUGGAGACCAGCGCUGUUACAGAGGUUAGCUGUGUUUGGUUGAUCCUCCUCCCGCUUUAAUAUAAUAAUCCGUCAAAGAGCAGCUCCACUCGUAAUUACCUGCUUCCCCACCCUCUCCUCUCCCACUGUCUUUGCUCUCAACACUUCAAACGGGGGAUUUUUCUCUUUGCAUACAAUAUUUAUAUUCUUUAUGUCAGUGGAGGGGUGGCAUAAAACAUUCAUGGCACCUUUUCACACCUUAAUUUCAUGUGAUAUUCCUUUUGUUUAGAUUUGAUUUUGAACAUAUGUCCCCCGGUAUUCUCUCAAGACCAUCAAUUCAUUGUCGCUUCAGAAUAUUCCGGUUCGCAAUGUAAGAGGUGGCAGCCGCCGCCCCCCCCCCCCCGUUGACAUGUGACUGCAUCACCUGGCGGGAUCGCGACACCGUGUUCGUACACCUGCUGCUUCUCUCCUGUUGACUCUUCAUACGUUUUGUCACAUUUCUGAGGAAAGAUAAACGGCAUGAGACGAGACAAAUUUGUCAAACGUCAGCGAUGCCGUUCAUGUCUACUAGCUCUCUGUCGAUGUCUCUAGUUGUUUCAGGCCUCUGUGGGUAAACCACUGAGCAGCGCUGCUUCAUGGCAAUGCUGAAUAUUAGUAUUUAUGCAUCGUGUUGAAAUACUCUGAUUUGUGAGGUAUUUAAUAUGCAGGAUUAGUCAAAACAGACAUUUCUGUUCAGUUCUUUAACAGUUUCUCUGUUCAAACAUUUAAAAAAGCUAAGCAAAACCAAUUUCACAGUUUCCGUGAUGUACAUUGUUAGAGGAUGUUAAAUCCAGAAUAAGAAAACUCUGUUUAUCUCGCCUCACUGGUGAUGACAUCCUGACGUUUGGAGGAGAACAAAUAGACAGAACAUGACACCAAAUCAAUAGUUUCCUUCCUGGAAACCCUCGUCUUUUUCCUGAACGUAUUCUAGGUCUGUGAAAGAAAAGGCUUCAUAUUGACAAUUAUGCAAUUUGUACCAUCAACAAAAGUGUUUACGGUACACUUAUGCAUACGGUACCAGUAAACGGUAGAGGUGCAGGGCUAUGUAGCAUAACCUAUAUAUACCUAUGAUCUAUAUCCCGAUCAAUCGUAACAAUUUGUUUAAUAAAUAUAAAUGUAAUAAUGGGUUUUAGUAAAAAUACAUAUCUGAUUCAUCAUGUUAGUAAUUAGACACAUGUGCUUUAUUGGCCAGCCCUUACAGAAAUCUUACUUUGCUUUUCUUUACAGUAACUAUCGCUGUAGCAUCCAGACAAGAAGCAGGUAGUCCUGGCUGUCUGUAAAGUUAGGGCCCAGAAAUACACCACAGCAAACACCAGAGGCAAUCCAGAGUUGCAUCAUUGCACUUCUGCAGCUGCUGACUUC